CUGUUAUUUUCAUACAAAAGUUCGGUCGUCAGGAUGGACGUCAGUCGUAAGGCGAGGUUAAAAAAUGCUUUGGUUCUGUAAACAAAGCUUUUAUGAUCGCUAGUUUUAAGUGUACUGAUUCGAUUACCAAGACACUUUUGUUCGGAAUUUCUGUCGGGGCUUCCAUGUCCGUACAGCAGAGAGGACAAAACACGUCAGUGGUGCAUUCCAUGCAGGGAUAGCGGCGUGAAACCUGUGACAUGGCGGGUGUUUCGGGACCACUCACAUUUGCAGUCAUUUUUGGUGUGCUGUGUGUGAGACAAGGCGGAGCCCAGCAUGAAUAUGAGAGACACCCGAAUGAUGGCUGGUUCAACAAUCUGUUGCAUCCGGACUGGGGAGCUAUAGAUACCCACCUGCUACGCCGGAGCCCCACAAACUACAGCGAUGGUGUUUACGAGCCUUCGGGACCCAACAGGCCCAACCCUCUGGACAUCAGCAAAAUUGCCUUCCAUGGGAAAGACGGACUACAGUCUGACCGAUCUCGAAAUGCUCUGCUUGUCUUUUUCGGUCAGCAGUUAGUGGAAGAGAUCAUGGACGCCCAAAGACCAGGCUGCCCCCGAGAAUUCUUCAACAUCCGGGUACCUAAAGGUCACAAGUAUAACCCGAGCAACAAAGACGACCUCGAGAUGCCUUUCUUGAGAGCGCGCUAUGACCAGAGGACGGGCCUCUCGCCCAACAACCCACGACAACAGCUGAACGAGAUUACGCCAUACAUCGACGGAAACCUGAUCUAUGGGGCUGGAAAAGCUGUGGAAGACGCACUGAGGGAAUUCAAGGGAGGUCGCCUCUUAGCCACCGAUAGAGACAUCAAGAAGAGUUUUCCAGUGCAAAACGACAUUCGGCUGCCGUUUGCAAAUCCUCCAUCGCCACGCGAUCAUGUGCUGAGGCCUGUUAACAGAUUCAGAAAGAACGUGUUCGGACCUCUGGAUUGGUCUCGCCGAGACCUUGGGGCUCUCAACAUUCAGCGUGGCCGAGACUUGGGUCUGCCCAGCUACAAUGACGUCAGAGUGGCUUACGGCUUGCACCGGAGGAUAAACUGGACAGACGUUUCCCCAGACUAUCCAGAGGUCUUGAGGAAAUUGUCAGUUCUGUACGGCAGCUCACCAGAUAAGGAGCCCGAUGACCUUGACCUGUUCACUGGCGGCCUCUUGGAGACAAAUGCAAAUGGCCCUGGACAGCUCUUCAGGCGCAUCACGCUGGACCAGUUCCUGAGAAUUCGUCAUGGGGACCGCUUUUGGUAUGAGAACAGACAGAACAGAUUAUUCAGCGACGAAGAGAUAGCAGAAAUACAAAGCACAACAUUUACUGACGUCAUUGACCAAGUGACCGAUGUCUUCAAAGAUGAUAUUGCGACACCUAAGCCCAUAAAUGUCUUUUUGUGUUAUAACUCCGGUCAGCCCCCUGCAUGCAAAUGUACAAAUUUUGACCCUGACGAGACAUCAACUGUGCAGGAGACAUGUGAGCCGCUACGUCACUACGACUACUUCAGUGGCAGCGAGGCCUCCUUUUUAGCCACCGUCAUCAUCAUCAUUCUUUCCAUUCCAGCUACUAUUGGCAUGAUGAUGUUGAUUGCCAAGCGAAGAAAAACUGCGCUGAAUCAGGCUGGCCCGCGCCCAGCGACCAGGGUGGCCCACGGGAAAGACUUUUUUAUUGCUACUGAAUGGGUGGGGCGUAGCCCAACUGGAGCGCUGGUCAGUCGUGACGUGAAGAUCCAAACUAACACUCAACGCAUGAAGGUGCUAGUGUCUAAUCCGAGGGGCCAGGUGUUCCGCAUGAUCGACCUGCGCACUUCCGGUUCCGCAGAGAGCGGCCAACAUAAGGCUUUGGUCACCAGGUCCAGGGACAAAAACAAUCGCCUCCUGAUGUUAGCUGUACCGGGGGAGAUCGAUCUGGUCUUACACUUUACAUCACAGGGAGAGAGGGACGACGCUUUUGCCAAAUUCAGACAGUUUUUUAAAGAGCAAGGCUGGACUUUCAAUGAAGGCCCCAGCAUGGAUGAGCACAUAAUGUGGAGAGAAGCUUUCACGAUUGACCAGAGACGGGAAGUGCUUACUAGGUUUUUCAAAAGUAUCCUCGACGCCCUGUCGGGAGAUGCUGAUGCAGAUGGGACCUCUACAGAUCAAACUGUCGAAGAAGAUGUUCUCCAAACCAAACUGACGCGUACAGAGUUUGCGGAUGCCCUUGGUCUUCAGCCCCACUCACUGUUCGUUCGCAACAUGUUCCUCUUGGUUGAUGUCACUGGAGACGGACGUGUUUCCUUUCAUGAAUUCAAGACUUAUUUUGGCAUUCUCUCUUCAGGCUCAGCAGAUGAGAAGGCGGAAAUAUUUUUCAAGAUGUUUGAUACAAGUCGCCAGGGGAAGCUCAGCAGAGACAACUACAAAAAGAUGAUCUUAUCUCUGCUAGAGCUGCAGGAGACACCAGACCAGGGAAACGUGGACAUAGAUAACAUGGUGAACACGGUGUUCGCACAACUCGGCAAAGGCAAGAACGACUACCUCACCUUCAAGGACUUCAAGUCCAUCAUGUUCUCUGAGAGCGACGAUGUAUGGAAGUCGGCCGUACUGGACUUGGCAGUUGCUGGAGAAACCUUACCUGCCCCCCGUGGUCCUGCUCGCAGACAGACAGUGAAGAACAGAGCACAGUCCUUCUUUCGGAACUACUCACAGAGCGUGCGACGACCCUCCUCAAGGCCUGGAUCUCGCGCAAGUGUAGCCCUCCCUCUGCAGCCACGGACCAAACAAGAGUCGGUCACCAAAAGUCAGAAACUCUACCAGAAGUUUACUCGUUACGUGGACAACCAUCGGAGAGAGAUCUUUUGGCUUGUUCUCUACACCCUGGUUACCCUCGGAAUUUUCGUGGAGAGAGCACAUUAUUAUUCAUUUGAACGCGAGCAUGCAGGGCUGAGGCGGCUGGCUGGUUAUGGUGUCUCUAUAACUCGGGGUGCUGCCAGUGCCCAGAUGUUUACUUACGCCAGUCUCCUGGUAACCAUGAGCCGGAAUACGCUGACCUACUUCAGGGAAACAGUACUACAACGCAUCAUUCCCUUUGACAGUGCUCACGAUAUGCACAUCUACAUUGCUGCGUUAGCCAUGUUGUUUACAGUGAUGCACAUUAUUGGCCACUUAUUCAAUUUCUACCACAUCAGUACACAGGCCUCUUUGGACUUGAAUUGUUACUUCCGAGAAUAUUUCCGAGCAACUCACGAACUGGCCAGCUUCCACUACUGGACUUACCAGACUGUCACAGGUCUGACUGGUGUGGCCCUGACCCUUGUGCUGUUGGUCAUGUAUGUUUUUGCCUCGCCCUACGCCAGACGUCACGUGUUCUUAUACUUCAGCACAACACACAACCUGUAUAUUGUGGUGUACUUCCUCAUGUUCCUGCAUGGGGCUGCACGCCUGGUCCAGGUCCCUCUCUGGCCGUAUUUCUUCCUGGGUCCCAUGGUGCUCUUCCUCCUGGACAAGUUGGUGUCGGUCAGCAGGAACAGGGUGCUCCUCCCAGUACACAAAGUCACGCUGCUGCCCUCUGGGGUCACCAAUCUGGUAUUCAAACGGCCACUCACUUUUAACUACCAGUCGGGCCAGUGGGUGAGGAUUGCCUGUCCAGCUCUUGGGGCAGGGGAGUAUCAUCCAUUCACGCUCACGUCUGCACCUCACGAGGAAAGUCUGAGCCUCCACAUCCGGGCAGUCGGGCCAUGGACAACCAACUUGCGGCGUAUAUUUGACCCAAACACCGCAAACAGGCUGGGUUAUCCAAAGAUCUAUGUUGAUGGCCCAUUCGGAGAAAGUCACCAGGACUGGUUCCGCUACAAAGUGGCUGUUCUUAUUGGCGGAGGCAUUGGUGUCACUCCAUUUGCUUCUAUCCUUAAGGACAUUGCUUAUCGCUCCAAGGAAGUCGGACGCUUCACCUGUGACAAGGUAUAUUUCCUGUGGGUGACACGAACCCAGAAAAGUUUUGAAUGGAUGACAGACAUCAUUCGUCAGGUUGAGCUGGCUGAUGUUGAUGACUAUGUGGACGUACAGAUCUGUAUCACACAGAUGAAGGAGAAGUUUGAUCUGAGAACAACUAUGCUUUACAUGUGUGAACGCUACUUCCAGAAGAUUGCCGGUUUGAGCAUGUUCACUGGUCUAAAGGCCAAGACUCACUUUGGCAGACCAAAAUUCCACGACUUCUUUGGGGCCCUCAAGGAUACUCAUUCGGAUGUGUCGCAGAUUGGAGUGUUCAGCUGUGGCCCUCCUGCCAUGACUAGGAAUAUCCAGCUAGCAUGCACAGAGAUCAACGCAUACACAGGCCCGUCCCUCAUACACCACUUUGAGAACUUUUAAUCUUUGGUACAGGCCUGCACAAGGACGGAGGAGAGGCAGACAGCUUGGUGUGGGACGAUAACAUGCUACAACAGAUAUUUGUUUAUUUGAAGUAAAGGAAUAUUGGAACAGUGUUACUCUUUAUUUUAUGAGCUUUAGUACCCUGUAGUCCUUUCCUCCACCCUGACCCGACCCUGAGCUUCGCGAAUUAUUUUGUCAUGAUAUUAAAUGCGGUCUUUGAAACCAUUGCUUUGUUAUGAUAUUAGCACAUAAUUUUGGGAAUCAGUACUUUGUCAGUGUUCUCAAUUGCAAGUACCCAUGCACGAAUAUACUCUGAGCCGUUCGUUUCGUUCCGAGGAAACUGUUAUUCUUUAUCCAUGUUGAUGAUGAUUUGAAGUAAAGGAAUGUUGGAACGGUGUUAUUCUUUAUUUUAUCAGCUGUAGUACCUUGUAGUCCUUUCUUCCACCCUGACCCGACCCCGAGCUUCGCGAAUUAUUUCGCCAUGAUCUUAAAGGUGGUCUUUGAAACCAUUGCUUUGUUAUGAUAUUAGCACAUAAUUUUGGGAACCAGUACUUUGUCAAUGUUCUCAAUUGCAAGUACUCAUGCACGAAUAUGCUCUGAGCCGUUCGUUUCGUUCCGAGGAAACUGUUAUUCUUUAUCCAUGUUGUUUUUCUCACUUUCCCUCGAAGUGACAGUUUUCCUUCCACCCUGCUUGCAUAGGGCAGCAUUGUGUAUGCCGACUGCCUGUCAUGGUAGAGCAUUGUGUAUGUGGUGGUUUAUUAGUCGAUGCCUGUUGUUAUAUUUUGUUGCACACGUAAUAUUGAUGUAGAGAACAUAAGGUGGGUUUUUUUAUAUUCACGUAAAACAUUGAUUUGUUUCCAGUUCAACACUCAGCAAUUAUAACAACGAUUUCUGAGAUGCUGUCCAAAUAGUAACUAGUGGUUUUGGGAUAGCAGUUCACUCACAGUACUAUAUUUAAUACGUUUCAGAAAGAAGAAAUCUUGUUAGCUACCAUAAUUAAGGUUUGCGUAAGAGCUGAAGUACCCUUUUUUGACAAAAUUAGUAGCAACUCUUUAGCGUUUUCUGUCACAUCAUCAAAAUGGAUUAAGAGCUAGCUUACAAAUAUUGCUGCAAAUUUCAGAUCUUUCUUUUUUUUUUAAAGUCUUGAAUAAGGUUUUGAAGAGAUCGGUUUAAAAGAGCCCCUUGACUUUCACAAUACAACUUAUUUGUGGCAGAGCUGUUUCCAUGAAUUCCCCUUCAUAUUAUGGUGAUGAUCAUAUUAUGAGCAUUUCGGGUAGAUUUUAGAUGGGAAAUAUAUAUUUUGUUUCUACAUAAAGAUAUGUUUUUGUUUAUUUACAAUGUAUGUUUUGCAUUCAUACUUAGCUUUGCUUAGAUUAUAUCUUGACACUAUAAAUAUUUAUGAUAAAUCAAGUUAGUCAAUCAAACUGGAAAACCAAGCUUAAUAUUGACACAGUCCGGGACUGGGUUUUUUUUCAAAGUUGUUGACGUUUCCGAAAACGUUCCAUGGAUAUGGAAAUAACGGUUUUAUAUUAUAUAGAAUUGAUAAUGAAAGCUUGAUGACAGCAAGGCACACUAACUAUAAUAUUAGUGGCAUUCACAAGUUAUAGAGGAGGGGGGCAUAAUUUGUUCAGCCCUUUGUUAGCAAAUGUAAAUGUUAAGAAAACAAUGUGAAGGGUUUCAACCAGAUUUUGCUUUAUAGGCAGUCAGGUCCACUUUUUGAAAAACGACAUUAAACCCCAAAUUCCCUUUGCGGUCACAAGGUUUAAUUUCAGCUUUUAGGUAUAAUAUAAAUAUUGGAAAUUAAAAACCAAAUCGUGCUUGACCUUAAACUUCAGCCCCUUUGAAAAGAUCUUCAGUUCAUUUUCAAUUUCAAAAGGUAUAAGGUGAUUCUUUACAUAAUAAAAAUCAGUACACAUAUUUUUACAGUAGCUUAUAAAAAGCUGACCAAACAUCAACGAAGACCAGUUGUUGGUUGAGACUAAGUCCAGUAAACAUUUAAGACUAAAACUAGUGAACAUUUUACAAUUUUAAAAUACACUUUUUAUUUCGGAGAAAUGAAGAGAUUUUUUAAAAAAAAAUAAUCUCGCUGGCACUUAUGCCCUUCCUGAACCUUGUCUCAUUCAGUGACACAUGAACAUACUGUAAUGAUGGUUUGUAGGGGGGAAAAAAGUAAUGUUCACGUUUACGCAAACAAUGCGUUUUGGAUAACGUGUGUAUCUCUCUUCGGAAAAUAUUUUGUUUUUUGGCUUAGCAACUGGCAUGUGUUGCUUAAACGAGUCUCGCAAUGAUCUGAGAUGCCGCAUAGUUUUUCAAAAUGAACUUUGUUGAUUUCUGCAUUUUGAGCGUUUCUUUUACAAAUUAUGCUCCAAUGUUGGUUCUAACGUGUUUUGUCUUCCUAUACGCUUUUCUGUAUUUUUUAACAAAUUUUCUUCUUCACCUUUUAUCAAGUUAUACUAAACCAGUGCUAUGUUUCAUUAAAUGUAGUUUGGUGCGAAUAAAUACGAGUUGUCUCAAA